AUGAUGUUUAUAUUGAUUUUAUUUUUAUUUAUUCAUCCAAUAUCUAGUUUAUCUUAUACAGUACAAAUGAAUGAUGUUGAUCUUAAUUGUCGUAAAGAAGCCACAAAAUUAUCCUCACCUCAUAUUGAAAUUUUAUCAUUUAAUAUUUGGAGUAAUGAAUUAUCUAUUCCUGGCACACUUGAUUUUUUAAUGUCAUUGAAUGUAACAAAAAAACUUUCGAAUGAUAUAGAAUUUUCAAUAAAAGUUCAACGAAAAUUAGGUUCUAGUUGGAUUAAUCUUCCAUGUUUAGCAGGCACUAGUGCUUGUGAAAAACAAUCAUUCUGUGGUCUUAUUCAAAAUGCAUGUAAAAACAAGAGUUUUAUUCGACCGAAUAUUAAAGAUAAUAAAAACUCAUGUUCCUGCGAUCUUGACAUUGGUACAUAUACUAUUGAACAUUUUCUUAUUCAUAUAAAACGUAAAAAAAGUGCUAAACUUACCCAAUCAAUUACACCAGGGCAAUAUCGUUUUCAUGUAAUGUUUCUAAAAACUAAACCAUAUACAACGGUUGGCUGCGUGGUUAGUUAUUUAACAUUACUUAAAGCAAACAAAUUCACGUGA